AGUCCAGUCUGUCAGAACACUGUCGGGAUACAACAACUGACUGCAGUUGUGCUCAACACGCUGAGUCCACUGGUUGAUAGGCCGAGCAAUUCCUUAUUUGUAAAGAAAUAUCCAAUUUAAAUCCAAAACAUGUCAGAGAUCAGUGAAAUCGACGAGGGCUUUUACUCCCGGCAGCUGUACGUGUUGGGUCAUGAAGCCAUGCGCCGGAUGGGGACGGCGAACGUCCUCAUAGCAGGGCUGCAGGGCCUUGGUGUAGAAAUUGCCAAAAAUGUCAUUCUGGCUGGGGUCAAGUCCGUCACUGUCCAAGAUGAGGGCCUGGCAUCAUGGACUGACCUGUCUUCUCAGUUUUUCCUGAGCAAGUCUGACGUCGGUCACAACCGAGCCGCGCGCUCCUUAGCCAGCUUGUCGGCCUUGAACCCACGAGUGGAGGUGUCUUGCAACACCGGACCGCUGGAUGAGGAACUGCUGCUCCAAUUCCAGGUGGUGGUCCUCACUGACUCAUCUCUAGACGAUCAGAAGCGCUUUGGUGCUCACUGUCAUUUGCAUGGAAUCAAAUUCAUUGUGGCAGAUACCCGAGGACUCUGUGGGCAGCUCUUCUGUGAUUUUGGGGAGAAGUUUGAGGUCUUGGACAGUGAUGGGGAGGUGCCUGUGUUGGCCCUGAUAGAGCACAUCACCAAGGCUAAUCCAGGGGUGGUGACUUGCAUUGGUGAACAGAGGCAUGGACUUGUAGAUGGCUCCACGGUUUCCUUCUCUGAAGUUGGCGGCAUGGCGGAGCUGAACAGCAUCAGACCUGUGGAGAUCAGAGUUCUUAGCCCCACUGCGUUCAGUAUUUGUGACACUUCGGGGUUUUCUGCGUAUGAACGGGGUGGCGUAGCAACUGAAGUCAAACUACCUCUUACGCUACAGUUUAAAUCCCUGGACGAUGCUUUUUCGGACCCUCAGCUUCUGGUAAUGACUGAUUAUGGGAAAAUAACAAGACAUCAAACCCUGCAUUUGGCCUUUAGGGGCCUCCAUCAUUUUGUGAAGCAAGAACAGCGACUUCCUAAGCCUUGGUCUCAGUCCGACGCAGACGUGCUACUCGCCAUAGUGAGAGAGCUGGAUGCCGUUAGCCCUCUGGAAAAGUUGGAUGAGGCUGUGGUGCGAAGCCUCUCAUACACUGCCCAGGGGCGCUUGGCUCCAGUCAAUUCCUUCAUCGGAGCAGUGGCAGCACAGGAAGUUAUGAAGGCAUGCAGUGGGAAGUUCACCCCUCUUCAACAGUGGCUGUAUUUUGAUGCACUGGAGUGCCUCCCUGAAGACCUUGAUGGACUCAGGGAACAACUGACAGAGAGUGCCUUUUCAACAAAAGGGACCAGAUAUGAUGGGCAGAUCGCUGUGUUUGGAUCGACCUUCCAGGAGAAGCUUGGGAAGCAGAAAUACUUCAUGGUCGGAGCUGGUGCUAUAGGCUGUGAGGUCCUUAAAAACGUUGCCCUUGUUGGCUUGGGUGCUGGAGAACGAGGACAGAUCACUGUAACGGACAUGGACUCCAUAGAAAAGUCCAACUUGCAUCGCCAGUUCCUGUUUAGAUUUGAAGACAUUGGGAGGCAGAAAUCGGAAGUCGCUGUGCAGGCCGUCCAGGUAAUGAACCCGCAUAUGAACAUCACAGCUCACCAGAACCGUAUGGACGAAGACAGCGAACGAGUGUAUGGUUCCCGCUUCUUGGAGGGUUUGGAUGGGGUGGUUGCAGCCGUUGAUAAUGUGGAAGUCAGGGUCUACAUGGACGGGCGCUGUGUCCAGCACAAGAAACCCAUGCUGGAGGGCGGGACCCGUGGAGGUCAGGGCUCUACCGUGGUGGUGGUGCCCCACCUCACGGCGUCCUACGGACCAGCCCCCUCAGGUGUGGAGAAGGCCAUCCCGCUCUGCACGCUCAAGAACUUCCCCCACCGCAUUGAGCACACCCUGCAGUGGGCCAGAGACCAGUUUGAGGGGCUGUUUAAGCAAAUUCCAGAAAAUGUGAAUCUCUACUUGAGUGAUGAAUCGUUUGUGAAGCGAACGCUGGGUCACGGCGAGGCGGAGGCCUUGGAGGUUCUGCAGGGAGUGUGGAGCAGCAUCGCCGACGGAGCAGCCGGGGGGCAGCGUCCAGAAAUCUGGAAAGACUGUGUACGGUGGGCACGUUCCCAGUGGCGGACCCUCUACAACAACAAUAUCCAGCAGAUGUUGCAUUGUUUCCCCCCUGAGCAGCUGACCAGCUCUGGUAUGCCAUUCUGGUCAGGAACCAAGAGAUGUCCUCAUCCGCUGACCUUUGACCCUGACAACGCUACCCACAUGGACUACAUGAUGGCAGCUGCCAACUUGUACGGGCAAAUCUAUGGGAUCAAAGGGACAAGGGACCAUGCUGCUAUCAGAGAGGUCUUAGAGAACAUUCAUUUUCCCUCUUUCGCCCCCACGUCCUCUGUGAAGAUCCAUCUCACCGACAAGGAGAUGGAGGAUGAUAAAAAGACCCAAAUUGGCGAUGCUGACAAGACCCGUCUGGAGGAGUUGAAAGAAAAGUUGGCCUCUCCCUCGCUGAAGAGCCGAGCCAUGCAGAUGCACCCCAUCGACUUUGAGAAGGAUGAUGACAGUAACUUCCACAUGGACUACAUUGUUGCUGCAUCCAACUUGAGAGCGGAGAACUACGAGAUCCCUGCGGCUGACCGGCACCAGAGUAAGCGCAUCGCAGGGAGGAUCAUCCCAGCCAUAGCCACCACCACAGCCGCAGUGGCAGGCCUGAUGUGUCUGGAGAUGUAUAAGUUGGUGCAAGGCCACAAGAAGAUCGAAUCCUACCGCUCGGCCUUCUUUAACCUGGCCGUGCAGCAUUUUGUCAUGUCCAAGCCCUGCAGGCCCCAGCACUUCACUGUUGCAGGAAAGGAGUACACCAUUUGGGACGACUUCCUGGUUGAGGGCAGACGUGAAGGUCGAAAGGAAAUGACCCUGGGAGAGCUGCUCCAGUAUGUCAAGGAACAACAUAGCUUGGAGGUCACCAGUCUCUUUUACGGGACUGCUCUCUUGUACGACCAAACGAGAGAUGAUCACAAGGAGAGGCUGAUGCAGAGUGUGUCUGAAGUGGUGGAGCGUGUCACCAAGGGCAAUAUUCCUCAACACCUGGAGAUGCUGGAGAUUGUUCCCUCAUUUGCCGAAGACGAGAGCUGUGAGAAAGUCCCGCCAAUCAAGUAUCUGCUCCGCUCAUAGCAGCCAGAGGAGGGUGUCUCAGAAUGCAGAAGUGGACCGCUUCAGCCCGACCUAGCCCCCCCCAAAGGGGGAUGGCGCGUCAGAAUUUUUUAUGUUCUAAGGAAUUUUCACCAGUAUUGAUAUCUAAAUUGUCUUUUCCGACAGUGUGCUGAUGCAUUUCCUGUUCUUUCUCUCCAGAACUGCUUUUGCCAUCUGUCAGGGCUUAGUUUGCUUUAAAAAUAAUCACCUUCUGACAAUAUAACAUAAACAUGAUUUUAUUGUAGUAUCCAUUAUUACCAAAUAUCUGAGAUCUGAGGACUGGUGCAUCGUAGCACACCCUGGUUGACGGGCUGUUGUUACUCACGCCAUCUUUCUCGGAUACCCCCGCAGGAAAGGAGCCGGGAGGCUCUCAGGGCAUGAGAGAAGGUGUUGAUCGUAACCUCCAUACCUCUUACCCACCAUAGUGUGCAUGUUACACAGCUCCUGCAGCUGCUCCCACCAAGUAUUACGAUAUGUAAAAACAAAUGCCCUGUUCUUAGGUCAGGUUUUGCUUUUCCAUUUAACUGCACGAGUAAAGGGAACCGUUUUUACAGGGUAAAGACUGGGUUAAUGAGCCAGGAAGUAUACUGCACCAGGCCGUAUGUGUCUCAGAAUAAAUGAUGUGAA